AUGAGUUCAGAAUCCUCGUGGAUCGCACCAUUCAUCCAGCAGGUGCUGCGAGCGUACCUGGACCAGACCACACAGGAUGAUAUUGAGGUGGAUGAACAGGGGACCAAUCUAAUCUUCAAAUUUCGAAGACAUGAUCAUAUUCUUACAGCAACUGUGGCAGAGUGGGGUAUGGGACCCUCGGACAACGAAGCAAUUCUGAUGGAUACAGAGCUGUCGAUCGACGCCAUUAUUUCCAAUGAUCUACUUCCCGUGCUCAAGCCUGAUCCUCAGACUCCACAAUCGAUUCCUACAAAUCCCAAAAAAUACUUGAUAAAGCUUCUAGACUUUAAGCUAGUCAUUCCCUGCGCAGAAUAUCAACCCAUUGCUCACCUGUUGAUCAGUGGCUUUCAAAUCGAAUGGGAUAGCGGACCCAAGACACCAUUCUUACUCAAGAAGAAACUCCGCAAGCAUAAGGAUGUUAGGGCUUUAUUGGACGAGGUGGGAAAAAGGGUUAGAGACUUGUCUAAAGUUGUUGACUCCGCCAUAUCAAAGAACCCAGCGGGAUCCUCUGUAAUCACACAGAAUGCCUAUCAUGAAGGCGUUGAAUCACAGCAGAUCUUCUCGCAGGUGCCUCGUGAUCCGCCUCGCGGUCCCGAUCACCCAGAAAACGAGUCCAGGGCAGCGACCACUUAUUCAGUUGGAGCAAACGAGCUGCUGAAGUGUCUCCAGCCCAAACCUCUCCCAGUCUCAAAUGAGGCUUCGCUGCAUACAAUCAAAAACCAAAUAGUACCGAAUGAGCCGGAGGUGGAAAAGCCGCAUGGGGAUAACAUCGAUACUCGAGUGGAACGGCAAGUCAUUGCCGAGCCAAUCUCGAAAGCUGACAAUGGCUCGGUUUGGAGCCCGGUGGCUCAAUCGCCAAUUGGAAACCAUUCUGCAGAAUCGAUUUCAAGUCAAAAUUCUAUCUAUUCUCAAAUCAGGGACGAGGUCGACUUGCACGAAAGUCCAGGUGCCCAUGGCCCCCAUAUGCCGAAUCAGGCGAGGGACAAGGGAUGUUCACCUGCACAAACCGAGAUGAAACCUCCUCUUAGGAAACGACAACGGGAAAGCUCGAGCGGGCAAUCCAAAACAGAUGACGAGGAAAAGACUGUUGGUUUAAGAGAACAUAUCCCAUCUACCAAGAGGCAGCGCGUCGGUACCCCAACAGAACCUUCGGCUCUUAUGCUCGGGGUUCAGAAUCAAAAGUUAGCUGAAGAGACUGCGAACUUGUCCCAUUCUGAACUUGAGAAGCCGGUCACUAUCGUCCCUUCUCACAAUGCCGUUAUUCCCCGGUCAAACCCAUGGGAGGGGUUUGAUAAAAUCAGGGCAUUUGAUGUCACGAUUCCAAAGGACCAACGUGAGCUUCUUCACAGCGAUAAAUUAUGCUGGAUCCCGCCCCGUCCGAAUGAACCCAUGCCGAAAGGGCAUGUACCGCCCUCGCUACUAAGGACAUGGAAUAAUGCUGUUGAACGGCGCCAUGGUGGGACUGGAGGACAUGAGGCUAUCUCGCAAAGGCCCGUCACUCCAACCCAGGAUAGCGACGCCUCCUCCGUCUCUAGUGCCUCGACUGAGAAUUAUGACUCGGAGUGGCACUCGUCCCCUGAGCCCCCUCCACGCCCUCGUCAAAAUGAUCUUCCUCCUUCUAGUCCUGUGACUCGGCCGAUCCAGAGAAAACAGCCAAUUUCCAAUAUUAUUAAUGGCAAUGCUCCUGGGCCGUCACCGAAGAACUAUUCUUUGAAGGCCCCCAUUUCUGCUCCGAAUGCAUUUGAAUCGGGCAAUGACGCAGACCAAAAUCUUCCUGAUACUCAUUUAUCCCAGAACUCUCGACUUCUGGCGCAAAAGGAACAGAAAGACAGGGCAAGAUCGAGGACUCCACUUAUUCACCAGGGCUCCCCAGACAAUGAGGAAUCAAAUCAUCGGCCCCUCGCACAAUUCUCUGGUACUCCAGCGCCAAAUCAGGAAAUAAUUCUGAAAUCACCCGUGCCUGCCAUUGAUCCUAAGCACUCCCUUGGUGCGCAAGAAGACGAUUCGGAUGACGAGUCUGUAAUGGACACGUCCGUGCCUUUUGCACUUGGAGAAACUAUUCCAGAUCCUACACAGUCCAGUCAGAUGGGAGAGGAACUGGUAAGCUCAGGUCCACCACUGCCCAGUGUGAAUACGGAGUCUGUACAAGUUGCGGUUACACCAAAAGUUGGAAGCAAUCGGCUGCAUCACAGUUCGAAUCCAGACCAAAAUGAACGCGGACUCUCAAGCUCGAACCCUUCCUCUUCUCAGAUCCACAAAACAUCUUCCCAAUCCCGUAUUCUAGACACAUAUCCUUUUCAUGCAAGCCAUGAUCAGAGCCAGUCUUCUCACGAAGUUCCGACCCCCUCUGGAAAGGGCCAAGAAAUACCAUUCACAGUGGAUGUCCCAGGGACUCAGUUGCCAACCAGCAGCAUAGCCUCGCAGUGGAAGUCGCAGCCACAAUCGCAAAGCAUCUCAAAUAAUUCCCAGGCAGACAUUGUGCUUGAUUCCUCAGGGCCAGCCCAACGCCACCAUGACUUUUCUGUUUCUGCAACCCAGCCCUCGCCCACUGCGUUGACGGGCCGUCAUGAACCCGCCGCGUCCCAGCAAAACGAGUUAACAAAAGAUCCUGCGAGAGAAACUCAUACUCCCAACAAGCCCGGGGGUUCUCCUCAGUUCCGUGCCUCCCUUCUCCCACCCUCAGUCCAACCUGAUUCAGUCAUCGGAAAGGAUCGAUUUUCGCACGGAGACUCGGACAAAUUCCCACAAGGCAGCGAAGAGGACGGCGUUGAAAUUGCUAACACUCAAAACUCUUCCUUGGUAGCUCGCCGGCAGGGCUUUGUCACCAAUACAGAGACGUAUGCUGGCGCCCAAGCAGUGUACAAAAAUUUCUGCAGUGACUACUCCUCCUACUCUGGGGAUUUCGAUCAUUUUACCAAGCUGUGUGGGAUGUUACAUGCUGUUCGACAGCAAGGCAAACUGCAUCGGUCGUUUCUGUGGGAUGACUUUAUCGCUAUGCAUCUCACAAACUAUCCUCGAUAUCUUGAAAAGAACGCGUCACAAGGCUCUAAGACGCUCAACUAUGUGAACUACUUUUUGGAGAACGUCUCCCAGCCCUUCUUCAGCAAACGCAGUUUGACAGCGCGUGGCAUAGAAUUGGCAGCAUCACAAACCUCUCCUGAUGAAGCAAUCCUUGCAUUUGCGAGCAGUUCGCAACAUACGGCCCCAGCUCAUACGCAAGGUCCUAGUCUGGAUAUCUCAUUUACGGGCAGUCUGGUGGAAAAGUUUACAGAUCUUCACGCCAACUCUUUCAAUGCUCCCUCUCAAGGCGGCACGUCAACCAAAUCCCCUGGCCAGGAACAACCCUCGAGCGCCUCUUUUGUGGAGAUCAAGCGCGAGGACUCUGCAUCAGACCCCAUUAGGGUCGACAGCACCCAGGAGAGCCGUCAUGAAAAAUCCGUCCCUCCCGCUUCCAGCUUGAAGUCAAAUAGGAACCACUUCACACAGGCCGAGGCCCAAAAUCCUACCGCCCCGGCUGAAGCGGAAGCGGAGGAUAUCGACAUGGAAAUUCCCGAAACCGACCCCGAGGACGCCGACCAUGACACUGACCUUGAGGACACUCUUCACGAAACUGCUAGUGUUGAAUUGGGUGAUGAAACUUUUGUUUCCAGUAGGGCUGCAUCUCAUGCAGGGGACAUGUCUACACAACCCAUGCCUGCAGAAACAAUCCCAGCUUCUCCAGAAAUCUGUGAUUCGGAGAGCGACAAUGAGAACUGGUUUCUCUCGCUUCAACACAUCCGGCCAGUAGGUCCAGUUUGGUCUGAUGGUCCAACGGAGUUCAAGCGUUGGGCAGAAGCAGACCAGAACGUGAAGUGUGACCGAAAACGUCGUGGAGGUGCCAAGAUUCGUCUUGACGAUAAAGGCGUGAUUCGACGCCCGAUUCACCGUUGA